AUGGAAGAGCUGAUACCUUUAUUCUUUGCACUGGACCACGUCAAUUACACACGCUGGGCCUCCAUCCAUAUUUGUGACCUGAAGUCUCUACCGGACAACAUCGCUAAGGAAUUUCAGAACGAAGGCCACUGGGUAUUGUCAAAAACAGGCAACAGGUUUCCUACUAUUCCCUUUGACAAGGCGCAUGAACAGGAGAACAACAUCGUCAAGAGUGCAGGUGGUGCAGUAGGCCUAACAGAGAACCCUGUAGCAUUUAGGUGAGCACAAAAAUCUAUUCUUUGGUUAUGCUUCGUUAUCAGCACAAUGUGCCAAUUGAAAAUUGUUAAUUAAGUUAAAUUGUUCUGUUUUGUUAUUUUAUUUAUUUAUUAGUUUCGCCAUAUUACAAUACACAAAACUAUAACAAGAACAAGAAUAAUAUACAUGACUAUAGGCAGGGUGACCGCAACAGCAUGAGCCAAUUACUGCGGGCCCGAAAUUAUUGUUAUCGCGUUACAAAUUACAUGUUCUAUUUCUUUUUUUGAUUGAUUAUUUUAUUUAUUUACAACAUGAAACAGGCUGGUUAUAAACAAAAUGGUGUAUUAGUUAACACACAAUCAAACUGGUAAAACGGCAAAUCAGAGCACAUUGUUUGGCAGAAAAUAACUAUUCACAGGAAUGAAAAUACUGAAUUUCGAUAUAUUCUUUUUUUUCAGACGUUGGAUGCUUUCAGGCCCUGAGACAACGAGACUUUUGCAUCAAUUUGAGGAGCAAUAUCUAGGACCUGAUAGCGAGGAGUUUCAGGAUCGUCUAAAUCAUGAGAUGGGACUAAGCGCACAGAAGACAUUCAAGAAGCAGGUGAACAAUCUGGUUGAUGUAAUAAGGACGAUGGAGAACCCCUUUCUUGAUGACUUCCCAGAGCUAGUUACACUGGACAGCCGGGAUUGUAUGGAUGAUGCUGUAGCCGAGGCAGUAGUUAACCUUGAGCAACUUGGAAAGAAGCAGUACCAGGAUUUUGUGAAGGCAGUUAUAAAGGACAGAACGAUUUCAAUAACCAAUCCCAUCAAGAAGAACAAGCUUCCCCUUUAUGGCAAACGGCUGUCACGCGCCAAAUCUAAGCAGUCGAAGACAAUCACAGCACUGCAGAAUAACGUCACCCUUUUCGCGCAAUUGUAUAGAUAGAUAGAUAGAUAGAUUUAAUAAGAAAACACAUUGCAGCCGAGUACGACUGGAUUGCGUGUUACUUUACAACAAUGGUAAUUAUGAGAAUAAAGUUUAUCUAAAAAAAGUAUAUAAAAGAACGUUACAAAUAUGUUAAAGUGUGUUAGAAAUAUGCGGAUGUUUCAGGCUAAAAGUGUGUAACUCAGUAUAUAAAUUAUGUAUUUACAAAGUUAAAACUACGGAGAUUACGCUUAAGAGAAUUCUUUAAUACAAGAAGGAAUAAAUGUUUUUAAAAAUCUAUCAGUUUUAAUAACUGGUGUUUGGAAGACAUGUAUACUACACAAGUCGUUGGUGAUAGGAGGACGUGCAGGAAACAAAUUCGACAACUUGUGUGCAGGGUCCUUAGUUAUCUGAUUGUAUAGUUUGGAGCAGGCAUGCCUUCGACGAUCGCUUAAGAGUGUCAAGUUAGCUUUGUCCAAACGCUCGCUGUAAGAAAAACCAGGAAAGAUGGAUGUAACACUUCUCUGGACUCGUUCUAUGUUAUCACUGAGAUACUUAGGCAGAGCAAAGUGAAAUACCUCACAAGCGUAUUCCAGAACCGGUCUGACACAGCAACAAUAAAAGUUUAGAAUUUCUUUGGCUGGUAUUUUAGUUCGUUUUAAUUGUACUAUGAAGAAGAUUCUCUUGUUGGCUUUCUUUAUUAUGUUUAGGACAUACGUAGACCAUCUUAAAUCAUCACUAACCGUAACACCUAGAAUUUUAGCUUGGCGAACCAGGUUUGGACACCCUGCAAGAAGGUGGAUAUUAUCAAAGGAUACUCUCUUUCUGUGGAAUGGAAACAAAAGCUCUUUGCAUUUUUGGACAUUCAAUUGGAAUUUGUUCUGCAAGUUCCACAUUUCAAGUUCGUUAGCUCCAGACUGGAUUUGGCUGGUUCUGUUUCUUGGGAUAGUUUCCGAGACUGUUGUAUCAUCGAUGUAUUUCCAGUGGGUGAUGUCCGUAAGCUUCAAAUCGUUUAUCAUGAGAAUAAACAACCAAGGUCCCAACUUUCUGCCCUGUGGGAUGCCACAAGGGACAUUACCCCACUCAGAAACACAGUCCCUUGCAAGUUUCAUGCGCUGUUUCCGACCACACAAAAAGCUAAUAAGCCAAUUUAUUACAUAAAUAGCAAUGCAGAGUCGCGACACUGACCUCAAGGAAUUCUUCAGCCACAAAGUACAGGCAUUCCCUCCCUCGUUAUCAGAAUUUGGCAACCUCCGUCUUCCUAAUGCAAAGUCCGAACUGAUGAAGUGCAUCGCCCAGCCGCAACAGCUCGAGCCUAACCCAAGUUUGAUUGCCAAAUAUGCGACGGAGCUGUUAUAGUCCAUUGUCUUCCGGUUACAGGAGCAAUCACCUUCGACGACUACGCCGACAACGUUUUCAUACCAUAUCUCUGCCAUCAGGACAGCAGACAAGUGGACGUUGUUUGGGAUUCCUAUGUCCCUGACAGCCUUAAAGAAUCAAGCAGAGAAAAGAGAGGGCUUAAAGGCAUGCAACGCAAAGUUGCAGGUAGCACAAAGCUUCCGCCGAAGUGGAUUCAAUUCCUGUGUGAUUCAGCAAAUAAGCAAGAACUGUUUGCAUUUCUUACAUCGAAGGUUGCUGCGUACACCUGGCCAGAGACGAAGACGGUGUACAGGACUUCAGGUUUGUAUUGGUAAUGCUCACAUAAUUAGUAGUAUCAUGCCAACUAUAAUGUAUAGUUCGUUUUUAGUGUGAAGUUUCACUUCACACUGUUGUGAUGGCUGGCGAAUUCACACGAAUCAGUCAGUCAGUCAGUCAAUCAUUGAGUAAACUUUCCGGGGGGUGUAUACGAUUUAUGUUCGCAGUGAUUUAUUGUACUUAGUCAGUGCUUUGAAGGUUAUUUAAGCAAUUUUAUUUAUUUUCUUUAAAUAUUCUUUUGUCUUUUUGCCAAGUUCACAAAAAUUUCGAGGAAUCGUUGUCGUUAUUGUAAAUUUUUGUAAUUUUAGAACAUUCGCUUCUCAUGUUGUGUAAAGGAUCUUACCCCCGGAACACCCGAUUUUUUCUAUAGCAGCGCAAAUGCGCAUGCGCUAUGAAGCGUAGAUCACGAUGCUAGGAAGGAGCGACAGUGUUGUUUUCAAAUGUAUAAACACAUGAAUAUUGAGUAAAUCUUUGAGAAUCUGCGCAAUAUAUAAAUUUAUGUUAUGCAUUUCAAUCAAGUGCUGAUAUAUGUAGACGCUAUAUUCAUUAUACAGAGCUAAGAAGGAGCGACAGUGUUGUUUUCAAAUGUAUAAACAUUUCAGACGUAAAUAUUGAGAAUUUCUUUGAGAUUCUAGGCAUUCAAUUGAGUGCCGAUAUUAUUUUCACAGCAUACUCAUUAUACAGAGGUACAGUACGUAGGCAGAAGCGAGACAGUGUUGUUUUCAAGUAUAUAAACAUUUCAGACAUGAAUAUUGAGAAAAUCUUUGAGAUUCUACGCAAUAAUACAAUAUUAUGUUAUACAUUUAAUACCGGCAAUCAAUUGAGUGCCCAUCGAUAUUAUUUAGGCCGUGUAUUCAUUAUACAUUGUCAUUGACUGUAUAAGUUGUUACAUCACAGAAUAGAUGGCUACACCCAGUACAAAGAGCGAAAAAUUGCAUCAGAUCUGUAUCAGAUCAAUAAAGCGUAAACAACUAUUAAACAGAAGUGGGUAAACGUUUGUACGGCGUUUACGAAGAAAAUAACUUGCGAGACUAAAGAAAUCAGUUGAGUCAGAGCUCCUUAUUUAAAUAUAAAGAAAGACGAGGAGAUAUCCAAUGUGUUAUCGCCAACGUGUUAUCGCCAAUCGCUUGGCUCGCCAACAAGCUUUAUGCAAUAGAAGAAAAAAGCAAGGAGGUACAUGUAGCCAACGUGUACCGUCACAGACCUUGUCUUUGUCUACUGUCUAGGACAACGCGGUUGUCAACGGUGCAAACUCUUGUUCAGUGCAACGAUAACUCUACCAGAUCUUACGAGAAUCAAUCUGUAGUAUUUUCUGUACACAGAACUGUUCAAAGCUUGUCAAAACGGCUUAAACACUGCUUAACUGUGAAACUAUUGAAAUCUAAAGUGACAAUAUUCAACACAUGCGAAAAGCUGAAAAUAGACGUGACACUGGGAAAAGUCAAAGGUCAAUGAGACUUGUUAUUGUGAAAUAUGUCACAAUUAGGUUAAAAUGCGGAAGCGGAUGGAGCGGAUCCACGGAAAAUACGGAACGGAUGAGGAUAAAAUGCGUCCUUUUAAUGAUGUAACGACGUAGUGUUUAUUAUUCAUAACGUAUCUUAUACAGCUAUUUCAAUUAUAGUUUUAGAUAAAUUUAGCAUAGCAGUAGCCUUCGUAGUGUAAGCCAUCAGCUUUUCUAGGUUGUCAGCGACCCUAUAUAGUUCUUGAAGUGUCUUUUUCAAUUUGAAACUUCACACUAUCCUUGGAUCCCUAGUUAGGGGUUUCUGUGAUCUCCACAGACUCAAACAGAUCGAUGCCUGAGUGUAACCACGAAGAGGCAGACACACGGAUCGUCGUCCACGUUCUCCAUGCCAUUCAAGUCGAGCAAGCAAAGUCUGUAUUGGUCAGAACCGUUGAUACAGACGUCGUCGUCAUCCUAGUAGGAACGUUCUACAAUCUUAAAUCAAUCGUUCCCGACUUAGACCUGUAGGUGGCUUUUGGAAUGGGACGCCACUUCUCGUACAUCAACAUUAACACCAUCUGUGUCAGCCUGGGUGAAGCAAGGUCUAGAUCACUACCAGUUUUCCAUGCGCUUACUGGUUGUGAUACCACGUCAUCCUUUUAUGGGAAAGGCAAGAAGUCCGCCUGGCAGGCAUGGGAGCUGUAUCCAGAUGUUACCUCGACUUUCGAGUUUCUGGCAAAGAACGUUUACCAUCAGCUAACAGCAGACUCUGCCCAUUUCAAGAGAAUUGAACGAUAUGUUGUCGUCCUGUUUGACAAGUCGAGCCCACUGGAUUCCAUAAACAGGACGAGGAUGGAGCUGUUUUGUAAGAACAACAGAGCAAUGGACAAGCUUCCGCCAAUACAGGUAACUAUGACAGCUUGCAUGCUAAGAGUUUUUCUUUACUGUAUUGCUAUUCAUGAUGCUUCACUCAACGAUUACAUUUUCUUUCAAUCACAAGGAUGCUCUCCUACAACAUGUUCAUCGUUCAAUUUUCCAAGUGGGAAUAUGGUCGACCAGUGAGCACUCACAACAGGCAGUACCAUCUCCAGACAGGUUUUCUUGGAAGAAAGAGGGAGGAUCAUGGGUACCGAAAUGGAUAACCAUACCCGAGGUCUCGAAGGCUUGCAGUGAACUAACAAAGUGUACCUGCAAAGGUUCAUGCACAAGAUGCAAGUGCACUAAGGCGUAUUUGGUGUGCACUCCGCUUUGCAGAUGUAAAUGUGUAAACAGUGCAAGUGAUCCGUGA